CAGAUGGAGCAGGCUCACAGUGCAGGAGCCGCCAGCAGCACCGGCUCCCUGGAACGAGCGUCACUGUUCUGCGCAUCGGCGUCCUCCGCUGUCUUCACCUCAGGCCUAUCCAGCCCUGUGGAGAUCCUCAGCAAGAGCAAAUCUUCCAGCCGUUUCACUCUCUUCUCCCCCCCCUGGAACAGUUCCUCCGAAUCGGACUCCAACCCCCCUUCUCGCUCAGGCUCUAGGAAGCUGCGGAAUUGCAGUAGGAGAGCAGCCACUGGGCCAGCCGGAGCCAAGAGCCCUGAUUUGCCGGAAACCAAACCCUGUGUUUCUGAACACUUCCAGUACUCUGAACCGGUCAUUUCCAAAGUGACAGAUUACAUUUUUGUUGGCAACCUUAAUGCAGCGUACAGCGGGCGCACGCUGUGCCGGAACAACAUUGAUAGCAUCAUUGACAUGAGCUGCGUACCGGGAGAACUGAGCCCCUGUCUCAGCCUGAUACCGUGCACCUGCUCCCGCGGAACCCGCCACAGCUGGUCCCGCCUCAAAGUAGACAUCGGAGACAUGUCGGACACUCUGUUCAAUGGCCAACCACUGAAACUGCGCUGUUUUGAGGACAUCAAUGAGUGCAUCAACGCCUCCACUGAGAAGAGGAAGCGUGUGCUUGUCCACUGCCGGGACGGGUUCUCGCUGGCGCCGACGUGCAUCAUCCAGUAUUUGAUGGUAAAGCAGAACAUGAGGCUGAUCGCUGCUUACGAGUUACUGCGGGCAAAAUAUCCGGUCAACAUAAAGGAGUGCCACCAGAACGUGCUGGUGAGCCUGGAGAGGGAGCUGAGGCCGGGCGGCAACGUUGACCCGGAGGGUUUCAAACAGGCCAUCUCACGCAAAAUGGCAUGGACCUGACUGCUGUGGAACAGGCUGCCGCUUUCUCUCUGUUUGAGCCACGCCGGACAGGCAGUGGAGGGCAGCUGCUGCUUCUCCUGAUCCGUCCAGCACCUCCUCUUUCUUUUCUGGACUUUUAAUGUUUCUCUAGAUGUAUAUUGGCCUCUUCACUAGUAGGGUCCUGAUGGAACAGUGACAUGUUUCUUGGUGAAAACAGUGUUCAGUGGUCAGUGUUGCAGUGUUACCUCCACUUUUGCAUCAUGCUGUUGUGUUCUGCUCUCAGAAACAUCUUCUCAGAAGAAAUUGAUGUCAUAUCUGUGCACUAUGGGACACUGUUCUUUAGACAAAUGUUCAUGUUGGAAUAAAAAGCGUCUGUAGGUUCAUGGUGGAGUUCAUGAAGGUCUGUCUAGUUUAAGUUAUGGACCUGGAGAAAAUGGACACUGGAUGCAAUGCAUUGUUGAAUUCAGGGUUAAUGCCUCAGAACCUGGAAACCUGCAGUUUGAGCUCCGCUCAUGUUCCAGGUCGUGGACGAUGGUCAUGCUUUUAUUUCUGUGAAUGACUGAUUGCACGCAGCAGUGGUUCUUUGUAUAGAGCUGCCAAAGAGUUCGUCAAACAGCCUCUUUUCUCUGGUUCCAUGAAACAAACUCAUCCAAUCCAAAAACAGCACACCUCCUUGAACCAGGGCCUUUAAUCUCCUUGUGUUUUAGCAAAGUGCAACAAUUUAUUCAAUGUGUGUAUUUGUUUUACAAGCAGCUUUUCUGUUGGUUGUUUUCGGAUCUUUGGUGUGACCUCAGAUGGGGUCACAGAUACAGAAUUAGGAUUUUUGAGUGUCAGAUUAUUACAUUACUUCUGGUACACACAAAUGGCACUAGACAACCAGAAACACCAUUUUUAAUUCUUUGAACUUGAUGUCAUAUUUGAGACACAAAAUGUCACCUGUGUCUCAUUCAGUAUUUAGAAAAUAAAGAUCCUUUAGUUCCCUCCAUCGGUCUGAUGAAGGGCAGAAAGAAAUCAACCUCUAUAAGAGGAUAGGAUUGGUGCAUCCCAAUCCAUCAAUGCAGGUCUACAAGCUGUUGGAACAAAACCUUACUUAAAAAAUAGAAAAACGUUUCAUUCUGAUUAUUUAGAGUCCAUUUCAUCUUCCAACAUUCCUAUUUCCUUCAGUUGGUGUGGUUGUCUGUGCUCCUGUAGGCAGUUCAAUGCCUACAGUUUUUGUUAACUAGUUUACAAAGACGUAGUCCAAAAGCACUUCUUCAGGGCCACAGGGGAUCCUGACCUCACUCCGUCUGUGGGAACAUCCUGUAGAUCAGCUCUUGUGUGAUGUGAGGUGUUGGUUCAAUCCACUAGAAGAUGAACAAGUUGCUGUAAUGACUGGUUGAAAUAAUUCAACUGAGGACAGUUUGAACCGAUCAGAUCAGAAUUUCAUGCAGGGUUUCAAAGCCCAUCUGCCCCGUUUGCCUUUUAGAGAAGACGUUUUGGUCGUCUUGUGUGAAUUCUUGCUGUUUAACUCUCACUGACCUGCACGUCGCUUUGAAACUAGAGUGGAUGCAUUUGGGGUCAAAUAGGGCUGCUUUUACCUUUGGUUUGGGACAUUUGGAAGCUGAACAUGGGAACAUGUUCCAGCCUUACUGUCCGAACACACGGCUUUCUGACUGAGGACACGGCAUGGUCCAAACCAUCACUUCCAACGAAGCACAAACUGCUGUUAAACUGCAGUCAAGUCCACCAAGCAAUGCCAAUCAAAAACAGAUGCCUGCAGAGGAAUUCUGAGGCUGCAGGAAAUUCUAUCGGAUCAAUUUGCUCAGAUAGUGGAUGCAUUACAAACGCAGUCGACAUUUAUCUGUUAUCUGGAUGUCAGGAAGGGAGCAAAAUGUUGCAACUAAAGAAGUAAGAAAGCUGAAAUAAAAUCUCCAAACUUAAGCCGCAGAUGUUACUGAGACAGUGGUUCAGGUAAUCAACGCGUACAUGAAUAUUUGAUUGAAAUUCAGGUCAAAGGUCUUCUAGACUGAGACUCAUCUAUUGGUAAUUUAACAAGGCGAUUUGGUUUUUCAAUAUUCCAAGACGGAGGUCCGGAACCAGCAGCCACAGCCUCUUUUUUUCUCUCCGCAAACACUUAAUCCUACAUAAUCCUACAUAAUCCAAGACAAACUUGUUUUCUUGAACCAAAAUCCUUUAUUGAAACAACCCAUUGAUGGUCAUCUGUAACCAGAAUGUGAUUCUAGUAUUUUAGCACCCUGUUCUUUGUUUUUUUUUGUACUGGAAAUGGUGGAUCGUAUCCGAGACAUUGUUCCCCGGCUGGCAGGCUCUGAGUUUUUCUUUUGCUCCAUCCAUGCUGGGAUGUCAUUACUGUUUCUGAGCCCAAACUGUGCGGCUGUCCACCUCUAAAGUGUUGCAGCUGAAGGACACUGACAGGAAUACUGUUGAUCACUUCCAUGUAAGUAAAAACAUUGAUAAGGAGCAGAACAAUGCUGUACAUAAAUGUGUUUUUCAAUGAUGUAACAGUGCAGUUUCACAAAGCAUUUUGGUGCCUUCACUUGGAUUGUCUGGUGACCACAUUUGCACUUUUGACUUUAAUCUCUGUGAUAUGCUGUUGAACGUGUUUCUACAUGCUUUACCUGAGCAGAAGUGUGCAUGUGACGUUUGCAGCGUCCGUGUUGUGAUGUGUUGUGUUUGCUGUUCAGUGGGCUGCUUUCGCUGUGUUCCUCUCAGACUGUGAGGCCUUGCUGUGGAUAAAAUGCUGUAGGUUUGUUUGUUUUUCUGUGGAUGCUCCAUGUCAUCUGAUCAGACUGAACAGCUCUUCUAACUGGUUCUCAGGUGAUUUUUUUCCAAGUUCUCAGUGACUAAUGUUCAGAAAUGUGAAGCUCUCUAUUUCUCAUGCAAUGUUUCUAUAACCUAAUUUGUACUGAUAAUUCAUUAAAGGAGCUGAUGAGUUCAGAAAUCAUCAGCUUAUCGUGCAUCUCUAAACAUGA